AUGUUACCAACCUCUAUCUUCGCUGCUAGCAGCUUCAUCGCUUUUGGAACCGCGUUCCCGCUUUACUCUCGUGUCGCAACAUCUACUACUCUAGCUCCGCGAGCUGCUUACAUCACUUUUGGUGGUGACGGGUCAACCGCUGCGGGAUGGCCGAGGCAGAGCGAAUGGAAGUCUUUCGAGGACGCCUGGGCAUCCAAUCAAGACACUAUCAGGGGUUCUUGCGAAAAUCACGGCUGGGGCGACAACAACAGCGACGCCGAAACUCAGGCCGUCAAGGACAGUAUUGAGUCAGAGUCAGGAGCUUCUGGCGUUCCCAAAGAGCUCAUUCUCGCCAUAAUGAUGCAAGAGUCCAAGGGCUGUGUUCGUGCUCCCACUACUGCGUCCGACGCGCCCAACCCGGGUCUUAUGCAAGGCGCAGGUACUGCCUCCUGCCAUUCCAUCUCGCCCUGCCCCGCCAACGUUAUCUAUGACAUGAUCCACGAAGGCACCACCGGAGAAGGUCUAAGGUUAAGUCUGAAGAAGGCGCUGGACGCCUUCAGUGCCACUCCGGACGACAGCAAGUACUACAAAGCAGCGCGUCUCUACAACUCCGGCGAUCAGGUCACAGAUCCAAACUUGGGCCAAGGCGCUACUGCAUGCUACGCUUCAGAUAUUGCGAACCGUCUCAUCGCACCUUUCGGGGACAGUAGCUGCGACAACGGUGCUGUCGCUAGCCUUGCUCAGACUGCGGGCCGCGAGACUGUCAACAACGACAACAACAAUAGCAACGACGAUCAGCCACUUGAUCUUGAACAACAUCAGACCGUGGAUGAACAGCCAGCGCCCAAGCAGAAUGCCGAUACCCAGACUGCUGACAGUGGCGUCCUGGACACUAGCAUCACUGGCGCUGUGGAAGGCUGCAUCAAAUACUAUACACCUUCGGACGGCAGUACCUGCGAGGCCGCACCAGUCCCUUUGGCCACGUUGCGUCAACUUAACUCACUGUUGAGCGAGGAUUGCUCUAACCUUUGGGCCGGGUACGGUUACUGCAUCGCUACCUUAGCGUUAUUGCAGCCCAACUAG